AUGAAUAGAGCAGGAUACAGAACACAGGACCACCUUGAGCUGUUGCGAAGCUCAGCCUUCGAAUCCGAACAUGCUUGGCUUUACGACACAUCCUACUUGCAGCAUGAAGCGGCAGCUCUGGCACUGGAGCGGGAGAUCGAGCAAUCACAUGCCAGCAUAUCGCCUGAUGACAACUCGGAUGAACAGAUCCGAAUCCUCAAAACGCAGAUUACGAUUCACAGAGAGAGACAGAGGGCAUUGCGACCACACCUGGAGAGUGGAAGCGAUCGGAUAGAUGAAGAAGGAAACGAGUGUGUUUUCGUUCCUGCACCCAACCAAUGGGGUGCAAAUGGCGAUUUGGAUGAAGAGAGCGCGAGCUUGUCAGCAAUUCACAAUCUUCUCACUUGGCAGAAAACAUACUCACCAGUAUCUCAUGCGCCCCUCUACGAUCUUGACGAACUCCCCUCGCCCGAUAUCCCUUACCACUCACUACUCGACUCUUCUCAACCCACAACCACAUACCAUCUCCACCGUACACGAGAGUGGACUCCUCCUGGCUCCUCGGGCUUCAGGAAAUACGUCUACUCAGCCAGGGAUUAUUCUGACAAGUACGCUUUGUACAUGCUCGAAGCUAUGCACAGAGACGACAGCCAAGUCAAUGCUGCAGACUUCUUUCGGGUCGCGGAAUAUCCCCAGCCUUGCAUUUCCAUUUUACUUUCAGGCAUCGACAAGCAGCGCAUCUCCCACUCUUCACCAAAGGAUGCGGCAUACAAAUCGCGAUGCAUCCACAUUCGCGGCCCUUUCUCCCAAGACAUCAAAGAGUAUCCCGAUCGCCAGCAGAAGAUUCCGUGGUCACCACGCCGGUUCACGUACGGUGGUCGGCGGUUUGUAUGGAAGCAAGGAGACCCACAUGACGAUGCCAUGCCAGAGACACUAUACGAAUACACAAAUCACUGGGCAAAGCCAGGAAGUAGGACAGGCAAGAGAUGUGAUGACGCAAAGAUGAUCAAGCUGGUCUGGGGCGAGAAGAGACGGAAGGGCAAAGUGGACAGCUACACGAUUCACUUUAAAGGUGGAAUGGAUCAGGUCUUUCGAGAAAUACUGCUAGCCAGUCAAAUGUCGAGGCAGGUUUGCCUCUUCACGGCUAUGGAGUAA